CCUGUAAAGACCAUUAACCCCAAUCCAGUCGGAGGAAUCAGAUCUUCACUGAUAUGAAACACAGCCAUCUGCUUUAAUUGCAGACAGCUCUGUUCACGUAACUUUUAACCGCACCCAUCAGCACACACACUCCCAUUCUAGGCAAGCAUUUUCCAUAUUUGCAAAUUUCCACAUAUUUAAAUUAGGUGAUGAUGGCAUUUAAAAAAGUCAAGCAGCUUUGAGACCAGCCAAUAGUGACUUUCCUUGCUUGAGAUUUGGAAACAGUAUUGGUGAUUUUAUGCAUCUAAUGAACUGGUGAGACAGCAGAAGGAAUAUCCCCUUACUCUAGAUCUACAUCAGCUGAUGAUAUUGGUUAUUCAAGAAAAGCACGGACAUGAAGAGAAGAGCAGCCUCUGCUCCCAAGGCAGGUGGAAAAAAGGUGAAAGAGGAGCCCACGGACGCCUCCCUGGCUGCAGGGCCACAGAUUAGCGUCCAAAGGACGGUGGAUGAGCACUGCAACCCUUCUUCAGGAGAGGUGCAUAAGGAUUAUGACUGCAUUCUGAUCCUAACAAACAUUAAAGGAAACAACAACAAAGUUUACAUCAUCCAAGUCAGAGACGAAAACGGCUUAUACUGUUCUUGCAGCAGAUGGGCAAGAGUGCAAUUUCACUUAUGGGAACAUCUGAGCUAACAAUGGAGGAGGAAGUGAAUAAAUGAUGGCGGACAUGACUGGGUCCAUCAUCCCAUCUGUUUCUGAUACUGCUGUCGCAAACUCUACCACUGCCCUGUCGGGGUCCAAUCCCACCGUCCCUGCUGAUGUCGGCGUCGUAACAAGCUCCCAAUCCCAAGUUAAGGACCUUUUCGGGUUGUUCUGCAUGGUGACGCUUAACCUCAUUGCUCUGCUGGCCAACACUGGUGUAAUGGUGGCUAUAGCUCGUGCUCCUCAUCUGAAGAAGUUUGCUUUUGCGUGUCACCUGUGUGCAGUAGACCUGCUAUGCGCCAUCCUCCUGAUGCCUUUGGGCAUUAUAUCCAGCUCUCCAUACUUCGGCACAGUGGUGUUCACUGUUCUGGAGUGCCAAGUUUACAUCUUUCUUAAUGUUUUCCUCAUCUGUCUUUCCAUUCUCACCAUCACUGCCAUCAGCUUGGAACGUUACUUCUACAUUGUCCACCCAAUGCUUUAUGAAGUCAAGAUGACCAUCAACCUUGCUAUUGGUGUAAUGGUCCUCAUCUGGGUUAAAUCACUCCUCUUAGCAGUGGUCACAUUGUUUGGAUGGCCAGCCUAUGGACCUCAGAGCUCCAUUGCCGCAGCUCACUGCUCUCUUCACGCAACCCACAGCCGUCUAAGAAGAGUAUUUGGUGUGCUUUUCUGCGUGAUUUGUUUCCUAGCCCCUGUAGUUGUCAUCUUUAGUGUUUACUGUGCUGUGUAUAAGGUUGCGCGGUCAGCAGCCUUACAGCAAGUCCCAGCCGUGGCAACAUGGGUCAAUACGUGCCCUGCUAAAGAUCGCUCUGACUCAAUCAACAGCCAAACUACCAUGAUCUCCACCAGCCGAACUCUACCUCAGAGACUGUCCCCAGAGAGGGCGUUUAGUGGAGGAAAAGCUGCGAUAACUUUGGUGUUUAUUGUGGGCCAGUUCUUGGUUUGUUGGUUGCCCUACUUCAUCUUCCAUGUUCAAAUGUCUCUCAGCGGCUCCAUGCAAAGCCCAGGGGACUUGGAAGAGGCGGUAACCUGGCUUGCUUACUCUUCAUUCGCAAUUAAUCCAUUCUUCUAUGGUCUCUUAAAUAGACAAAUCAGAGACGAGUUGGUCAAGUUUCGACGCUGUUGCCUGAACCAGCCCACAGAGGUCGGAGCGUCCAGUCAAGAGGCCUCAUUUCAGGAAAACUUCCUUCAGUUUAUUCAGAGAACUACAAGCACACUUGAAAGACGUUCAAGCUGUUCUAACUCCAGCCCAACAAACACUUUAGGCCAGGCAAACAUUAUUCCUGGACAAAUACCAGAGGAACACGCAUAAAUCCUGUAAUACUGUGCUAACGAGAUACCUAAA